AUGUGGGCCGGACUGCUCCUCCGGGCCGCCUGCGUCGCGCUUCUGCUGCCGGGGGCUCCGGCCCGAGGCUACACCGGGAGGAAGCCGCCCGGGCACUUCUCAGCCGAGAGACGGCGGCCAGGCCCCCACGUCUGCCUCUCUGGAUUCGGGAGUGGCUGCUGCCCUGGCUGGGUGCCCUCCGUGGGCAGUGGGCACUGCACCCUGCCUCUCUGCUCCUUCGGCUGCGGGAGUGGCAUCUGCAUUGCUCCCAACGUCUGCUCCUGCCAGGACGGAGAGCAAGGGGCUACCUGCCCAGAAGCCCACGGACCCUGUGGGGAAUAUGGCUGUGACCUUACCUGUAACCAUGGUGGCUGUCAGGAGGUGGCCCGAGUGUGUCCUGUGGGCUUCUCGAUGACAGAGACAGCUGUUGGCAUCAGGUGUACAGACAUUGAUGAAUGUUUAAGCUCCUCUUGUGAGGGUCACUGCGUGAACACAGAAGGUGGCUUUGUAUGCGAGUGUGGGCCGGGCAUGCAGCUAUCUGCCGACCGCCACAGCUGUCAAGACACUGAUGAAUGCCUAGGGAACCCCUGUCAGCAGAGAUGUAAAAACAGCAUUGGCAGCUACAAGUGUUCCUGUCGAGCUGGCUUCCAUCUCCACGGCAACCGACACUCCUGUGUAGAUGUAAACGAGUGUCGGAGGCCGCUGGAGAGGCGAGUGUGUCACCAUUCCUGCCAUAACACUGUGGGCAGCUUCCUGUGCACAUGCCGACCUGGCUUCAGGCUUCGCUCUGAUCGAGUGUCCUGUGAAGCUUUCCCGAAAGCUGUGCUGGCCCCAUCUGCCAUCCUACAGCCUAGGCAGCACCCCCACAAGAUGCUGCUCCUGCUUCCAGAGGCUGGCUGGCCUGCCCUGUACCCAGGACACAGCCCUCCUUCUGGAGCUCCAGGGCCCCCAGCUGGAGUCAGGACCACCCGCCUGCCGUCUCCUACCCCAGCACUACCUACAUCCUCCCCUUCCGCUCCUGUCCGGCUGCUCUCCACCCUGAUGGCCACCCCAGUGCCUAGUGCCUCCCUGCUGUGGACCCUCAGACCUCCCUCAUUCCUCCAGGGGGAGGCGGUGGGGACCCCUUCCUCACCCAGGGGCCCCGAGGCCCCACGGCUGGCAACAGGGCCCUCUCCUUGCUGGCACCUGGAAGCCAAGUAUGAAUCGGGGAGCAGCUGGAUGGAGCCUGGGUGUUCCCAGUGCUGGUGCAAGGACGGGGUGGUGACCUGUGAAAAGAUGACAUGUGAAGCUGCUUGUUCCCACCCAGUUCCCUCCAGAGAUGGGGGGUGCUGCCCAUUGUGCACAGGCUGUUUUCAUAGUGGUGUCUUCAGAGCUGAAGGGGACGUGUUUUCCCCUCCAAACGAGAACUGCACUGUCUGCGUGUGUCUGGCUGGAAAUGUGUCCUGCAUCUCCCCUGAGUGUCCUCCUGGCCCCUGUCAGACCCCCCCACAAUCGGAUUGCUGUACUUGUGUUCCAGUGAGAUGCUAUUUCCACGGCCGGUGGUACGCGGACGGGGCCGUGUUCAGCGGGGGUGGUGACGAGUGUACCACCUGUGUCUGCCAGAAUGGGGAGGUGGAAUGUUCCUUCAUGCCGUGUCCGGAACUGGACUGCCCCCGAGAGGAGUGGUGGCUGGGCCCUGGACAGUGCUGCUUCACCUGCCGGGAGCCCACGCCCAUGACAGGCUGCUCUCUCGACGACAAUGGGGUUGAGUUUCCGAUUGGACAGAUCUGGUCACCUGGUGAUCCCUGUGAGUUAUGCAUCUGCCAGGCAGAUGGCUCCGUGAGCUGCAAGAGGACAGACUGUGUGGACUCCUGCCCUCACCCCAUCCGGAUCCCUGGACAGUGCUGCCCAGACUGUUCUGCAGGCUGCACCUACACGGGCAGAAUCUUCUAUAACAAUGAGACCUUCCCAUCUGUGCUGGACCCAUGUCUGAGCUGCAUCUGCCUGCUGGGCUCCGUGGCCUGUUCACCUGUGGACUGCCCCAUCACCUGCACCUACCCUUUCCACCCUGACGGGGAGUGCUGCCCAGUGUGCCAAGACUGCAACUACGAGGGAAGGAAGGUGAUGAACGGGCAGGUGUUCACCUUGGAUGAUGAGCCCUGUACCCGGUGCACGUGCCAGCUGGGAGAGGUGAGCUGCGAGAAGGUCCCCUGCCAGCCAGCCUGCGGCGACCCCUCCCCACCCCCCGGGGACUGCUGCUCCUCUUGCUCAGAUUCCCUGUUUCCUCUGGAGGAAAGGCAGGGGCUCUCCCCUCACAGAGACGUGGCACUCAGCAAAGCAGCUCGGAGCCCCCGUGGAGACACCGAGGCCCCUGUCAACUGUAGCUCCUGCCCUGGGCCCCCAGCAGCAUCACCUCCAAGGCCAGUGCUUCAUGUCCUUCAGCUCCUCUUAAGAACAAACUUGUCUAAUAUGCAGACUUUACCUGCAAGCCCUUCAGGAAGGCAGGCUUCACCUUCAUCCCCUUUGGGGCCAGGGGGCACUUUCCCAAGGGAGCGUGGGGCCUUCCAGUCUUCUCAACUCUCUCCAGGGCCUUCGAUCCCUCCAGAAGCCUCCACUCUACCUCCAGCCUCUCCAGGAGCUCCUUGGCCACCUCCUGUUUCUGCAGAGCGCACCUUCUCAGCCUCUGAGGCUCAGACAGCAUCCAGGUGGCCUUCUCUGCCUGUCACCCUCCUGACUGAAGCGUCAGCACUUUCCACCAUGGCCCCCGGCCCCUCAGAGACCCCCAUCACCCUCCUCAGGCCUCACAGACUCUCUCCCACUACCUCCAGACUCUCUGCAGCCCUUGCAGCCACUGCCCGCCCCAGCCCCCAGCUGCCCAUGACAGCAUCACAGGAGGAAGAGUCCACCGUGUGA